GGGAGGCGGUGCUGGUCAGGUGCUCUGCGCCGAGGCUGCGUGCAGGUGAGCCGCUGCAAGUUCAAGGGGCGCUCCCCGCUUCUGCCGCCUCCCGGCUUUUGCCCCCGGGUCUGCGUGAGGGAGCCCCCUCCUGACCCUCCGUCCUCUCGUCCCAAGCUCCUGCGGACCGUCCGGAUCGCUACGAGGGUUAUUUUACACUGAACUGAUCAAAUACUUUGAAAAUGACUUCAAAGCUCGUCUGGGUAUCCUUCAUACUCGCUGCAUUCAUACUCUCAAUUACAUUUUCUCUCCAGCCAGACCAGCAAAAGGUUCUACUAGUUUCAUUUGAUGGAUUCCGUUGGGAUUACUUAUAUAGAGUUCCAACACCCCAUUUUCAUUAUGUUAUGAAGUAUGGUGUUCAUGUGAAGCAAGUCACUAACAUUUUUAUUACAAAGACCUACCCUAACCAUUAUACUUUGGUAACUGGCCUCUUCGCAGAGAAUCAUGGGAUUGUUGCAAAUGACAUGUUUGAUCCUAUUCUGAAUAAAUCUUUCUCCUUGGAUAACAUGACUAUUUAUGAUUCUGAGUUUUGGGAAGAAGCGACACCAAUAUGGAUCACAAAUCAGAGGGCAGGACAUUCUAGUGGUGCGGCCAUGUGGCCUGGAGCAGAUGUAAAAAUACAUAAUACCUUUCCUACUCACUACAUGCCUUACAAUGACUCUGUUUCAUUUGAAGAGAGAGUGGCCAAAAUUAUUGAAUGGUUUACAUCAAAAGACCCCAUAAAUCUCGGUCUUCUUUACUGGGAAGACCCCGAUGACACGGGCCACCGUUGGGGACCUGAGAGUCCGCUCAUGGGGCCUGUCAUUUCGGAUGUCGACAACAAGUUGGGAUAUCUCAUACAAAUGCUGAAAAAGGCCAAGUUGUGGAACAUUCUGAACCUCAUCAUCACAAGUGAUCACGGAAUGACCCAGUGUUCUGAGGAAAGGAUAAUAGAACUUGAUCAGUAUCUGGACAAAGACCACUAUAUCCUCAUUGACCAAUCUCCAGUGGCGGCCAUCUUGCCAAAAGAAGGUAAAUUUGAUGAAGUCUAUGGAGCCCUAGCUCGUGCCCAUCCUAAUCUUACUGUUUACAAAAGAGAAGAGAUUCCAGAAAGAUGGCAUUACAAGUACAACCAUCGCAUUCAACCCAUCAUAGCCGUGGCUGACGAAGGGUGGCAUAUUGUACAGAACAAGUCGGGUAACUUUCUGUUAGGCAACCACGGUUACGAUAAUGCGUUAGCAGACAUGCAUCCGAUAUUUUUAGCCCACGGCCCUGCCUUCAGAAGGAAUUUCACGAAGGAAGCUAUGAACUCCACAGAUCUGUACCCACUGCUGUGCCACCUCCUCAACAUUACGGGCCUGCCACACAACGGAUCUCUCAGGAACGUCCAGGAUCUGCUCCGCCCGGCAACCCCAGGAGCCCUUCCUCCCACGCCGAGUCCUACGCUCCUGCACGGGAGCGUCCCGCCUGGAGAAGGCGCGCGCGAGGAGUCCUAUGCUUAUUUCCUGGGGGUGGCUCUCGGCAGCAUCUUGGUGAUUGUCUUUUUUGUAAUUUUCGUCAAACAUUUAAUUAGCAGUCAGAUACCUGCCUUAUCAGCGAUGCAGGCUGAAAUCGCUCAGCCAUUAUUACAAGCCUAAUGCGACUUCAAACUUAUUUCACUGUUGAAAGGUUUCAAGUUCUAGGAAACCCGUUUCAGACAUGUGCACAGCUCAUUAGGCAGUUACGUACAUAGGCACAUGUGCACGCACACACACACACACACACACAAAACACACACAUACCUACAAAGGAUUAAAGUGGGGAAGUCUGAUUCUGUUACUCUCUCUGGUUUAGGGGUAGAUAAAAUCCUGCUUUAUUUGGACCUGGCACAUACAGUGUGUAUGUUUAGCAACUCUGCACUAUGUAAAGUACCUUAUGUAUUGCACUUUAAAUUACUCUCCUAAUGGGUACUUUUAUACGAAAUGCACGUUAAUGAUGAUUAUGUCUUAUAAUUUGGUUGAAAAAGACAAAUUUUUUUUCUGCCCACAUCAUAGAAUACUUGUUGUUCGAACUGAAUGAAAUUUCUAGUAAUUCCUGAAAAAUGUCAAAAUCUUGUCUCCUUAAACCAGGAGUGCAAAAAGAAAGUCAAAACUAUUGGAAAUGAAAUAGAAUUUUGGAGAGAUGCAUUCCCAACAGCAGGAUGCAUCUGUGGGCAUUCCUUCUCAUACUUCUUUCUAAAAGACAUGGGUUUUCAUUUUACUUUUCUUAAAAAAAAAAAAAAAAAAGGUUCAAGUACUCAGAUUCAUUCUAAACAUACUGUAUGUGUCAUGAAAUUCAUGAUUGCUGUUUUCCGAGGAGUCAUUUUGCUCUGAUUCUGUAAUAAUGAAGAUAGCAUGAUAUCUGCGUCCUUCCUAUAUAGUCCGGCACUGGCCUGCUGUGAACAGAAGCCAUUGGAGACCAUCCCAGCAAUAAAUAAGCUUUUCUUGUUCUCUAGUUAUUUGCUUCUUUGAAAACUGAAUCGCUACUAAUCACAUUAAAAAUCACAUAAGAGACAACAAUGUUUUCUUUUUGGUAACAAGUAGUAAGAGAGCACAAGCAUCUUUAAGACUUGAGCGUCUGCAGAUCCAGAGUGGUAAGAGAGCACGAGCCGUGUUAGGUGAAACGUAGCCACUCGAUCCAUGAGAAGGGCUGUGCAGAGCUAGGGAAGGAAAACAAGGUGGGACUGCGUCUGAGAUGUUCCCACUGUCCCCAGAGCAAUGCUGACAGGUGCCUCAUGGCAGAAACCUGUGAAAUAGCUUGUAGCGGGGACAGGUAUUGAAACAAGGGGAGCCGAGGUCAUAGCCUCGGUUCAUGAAAUAGGGGGACACCCACCCACCAGGUGCUCAGGGGGUCAAAGAUGAAGUCAGUUUCACAGACAUCUGCCUGGUCACUCAGCUCCUCUCAUUUCAGCCACCGAAGCUGUGCUUCAGCUCUGUGAUUGGUUGGGGGGACUGACGGUCUACCUGUCGUUUCUUAGAGGAAAAAGAAAACCCUGGAAAGAACAGUCUUCUUUGAAAAACCAGUUUAUAGACAGAUGGCCCAUAGAUGAUACUGUGAUUUUGUGUAUAUUAAUGCACAAACUGGCUAAUGAAUGGGUUAAAUGGUACAGGUAUCUAGAAAGAAAGGAUAAAGCCGAUGUAAAGAACAAAAGUAGUUUUACCUUCAAAAAUACAGUUGAAUCCUAAAAGUGAACAGGUUAUUUUCUAAAUGAUAUUAGUAAAGAAGGUUAGAACUUAAAUCUAAUUUCAUUACAAAGCCUUUUAAUCAAAUAGAAUGAAUUCCUGGACGUGUGCUGACUUGAAAAAGCUGAGAAGUUAGAUGGUAGAUGGCAAACUUGAGAAGUCUGAGCUCUGAAUGAGACAUUUUAGACUCGGUGGCCUCUCCCGUUGGCUUGCUGUGUAGCUGUGAACUUAACCGGCAUUAUUGAGAUGCUAGUAUAAUGACCGAAAGAUGAAAUUGGUUGAUUUAAACGCAUCACUGUUCAAAUGCUGUCUGUACAUUUACGAAUUGUUGCAUUAAAUUCAUUUUAGAAUUGCCUUAGUGGUAAGAGGAAAGCAAAUGCUGUACUAUCGAUGAAAUCAUUAAAAUUCUGAUCUGAAUAUUGGA